GCCGCAUUUUACGAGAUGGAAGAAGAGCUGCGCUGCUUCGCCUGUAAACAGUUCUAUAACAACCCGGUAUUGCUGCCGUGCUAUCACGGACUCUGCCUGCAUUGCGCCCUCAACUUGCAGCAACCGGCCGCCACCAAUCACAAUGCGACCGCCACCUCAAACGCGGCAUCAGUAUCCGAAAACGCCGAAAGCGUGGCCUCGGGUUCUUCCGGGGAUUACCAGGAAUCGGACAAAUUGUCCAUUCUGAGCGAAACCGAUAGUGGGGUAGUGUGCACGUCCAGGCCCAAUUCGUACGUGGGAACCCCCAACGGGGCACUGUUCACCAGUGCCCUAUCCCUUGCCUGUCCCAUUUGUUCCAAAGUUGUUUACUUUGACGACAACGGCGCUCACAAUCUUCCCAAGUACCGCGUGAUGCAGAACAUCGUCGACAAGUACGGGGAAUUGAAAAACUUGACGUUAAAGUGUCAGAUGUGCGAACAGGAACCUGCUAGGGAAGCGAUAGUGAUGUGUGAACAAUGUGAGGUGCUGUAUUGUGAGAUAUGCAAGGAGUCGUGUCAUCCAGCCAGGGGACCUCUGGCCAAACAUGUUCUGCACGAACCCAAAAGAGGAAAUACGGUUACUGGAAAAGCCAAAGAGGGAAAAUGUCCGGAACACUCGGAAGAGACGUUGAACAUGUACUGUUUGAUUUGUAAAAUUAGUGUUUGUGCUUUGUGCUUGAUGGAUUCCCGACAUACCAGCCACGACGUACAGAGUUUGACAAUGAUGUGCAAAGCCCAAAAGACCGAACUGUCCCACAACUUGCAGCAACUGUCCGAGAGAGCGAAAACAACAACCGAAUUGAUUCAGCGAUUAAAGGGAAUGAGCGAUAAAGUCAAUGAGAACUGCGAGGAAUUCGAACAGAUCGUGUCCGCCCAAUGCGAGGCCCUUAUCCAGGCGAUCCAAAACCGCAGAGACCAGCUCAUCGACUGUAUACGACAGGACAAGGAGCUGAGAGUUAGGGCCCUAAAGGAGCAGGUGACCACGUGCACGUCCAGAUUACAACAGACCACCGCACUGCUGCAAUUCUGCAUCGAAGCGCUCAAAGAGACCGACAGCUCAUCGUUCCUACAAGUUGGAACAAUGUUAAUAUCCAGAGUAGCCAAUACGGAUCAUUCAUGGCACAAGGAAUGGACUGCGCCAAGAGUAUCCCCACACUUUGAUCUCACACUAGACGACAAAUCUGUCCUAAGAGCCAUAGAACAACUUAAUUUUAUACAAAUGAAACCAUUCAUUGAUGGCCAAGAAAGAGUUCCGGCAGCCCCGGCAGCACCCGCCAUCAUCCCCGAGGAAUGCAGCGCGGAAAACAACUCGGUGACGAUAGCGUGGCAGCCGCCACCCCACAGCCACGUCGAGGGCUACGUGUUGGAGCUGGACGACGGCAACGGAGGUGAUUUCAGGGAGGUUUACUGCGGAAUUGAGACAAUCUGCACGGUGGACGGACUCCAUUUUCAUUGCAUGUACAACGCCCGAGUGAAGGCAUUCAACAGCUCAGGAGAAGGAGAAUACAGCGAACUUAUAGGAUUAGAAACUGCCCAGGUUGCUUGGUUCACGUUUGAUCCGAUUCUGUCCGGUCCUGGACUACAAUAUUCGGAGGACAACACUACUGUUUCUGGAGAAGGAUGGGAACACCGUAUUGCUCUGGGCAGUGUGGGAUUUAGUAGGGGCGUCCACUAUUGGGAAUUCACUAUAGAAAAGUACGACGCAGACACAGAUCCGGCUUUCGGAAUUGCCAGAAUAGACGUCACAAGAGACAAAAUGUUAGGAAAAGAUGACAAAGGUUGGGCGAUGUACAUCGACCGUCAGAGAUCCUGGUUUCAACACGCCGGUGCUCACGAGCAAAGAGUAGAAGGAGGAAUUCACGUAGGAUCGACGAUAGGCGUCCUCCUCGACCUCAAUCAGCACACUCUCCAAUUCUACGUGAACGAGGAACCUCAAGGGGCCAUAGCUUUUAGAGAUCUGUACGGCGUUUUCUAUCCAGCGGUCAGUAUCAAUCGAGGUGUGAGCGUCACCGUUCACACGGCUCUCGAUCCUCCGUCAGAUUCAGACGAGACUUAAGCUGGAAACCUUUAUAUAAUAGAUGUUUAAAACAUUAAGAUAUAUCCAGUAAUUGAAUUUAUAAAAUAUAAAACCCUAGACCCACAGAUAAGCUCCCACACACCAUGACUGAAUGUUUUUUGAAAAAUAUAUUUGGAAUAAUGUUAAUUAUUACAAACUUCUUAAUGUCAUUAUGUAAACCGAGAAAUAAAUGUUUACACAAACGUAAAGAUAACUUUUUAAAAACUGCAUAGAUUUGUUUAUAAAAGUAUGCUUUUGUUGAGCCCCAUACUCUGAUGCGGUUCGUCAAUGCGGUUCAUAAGUUCGUUUGGAAAUUCGUCCAUUGUGUUCGUGAUAUUUCUUUUGAUGGUUCGUCCAAAAGCCGAUAUUUCGCCGAAUCGCCGCACUGAUGUGCACCAAAACCAAACCAAACCGCAUCGACGAACCGAAUCAGCAAAUAUAUAGUGACUAUGGGGUGACUAUCUUUUUGCACUAUGUAAUUUGUUUAAGUGUUUUAAAAACACGUUUAAAACACCAUUAGUUGUUUUGCAACAUGUUUGGUAUAUAGUUUUUUUGCCAUUAAAAAUAAGAGAAACUAUUUAAUAAAAAAAGGAAAAGGAAUAAAAACAAAGCAAUCACAUCAGCUUAAUAUUGUCAAGGAAAAAAAUCUUUCAACUGAACCUAAUUAAAAAAAACUCUCAAAUCAGAUGUAAUGAAAACAUGGUAUCUACAGGGUGCUACAAAUUCGAGGUACGAGCAUUGGUAUCUCGGUAACCGUAAUAGAUACGAAAAUGGUUA